AUGUCAACAUGCUACAAUGCUGGGAUCAGCGCGUGCGAGAAAGGCGAAAAGUGGCAGGCCGCCCUGUGGCUGCUCACCAGGGUUCGGGAAACCAGGCUGGAGCCCACCGUCAACUUCAGCUAUAGCGCUGGGAUCAGCGCGUGCGAGAAAUGUGAGCAGUGGCAGCAGGCCCUUUCGCUGCUCAGGGAGAUGCGGAGGGCAAAGCUGACGCCAACUGUCAUGAGCUACAGCGCUGCGAUCAGCGCGUGCGCGAAAAGCACAGAGUGGCAAACAUCUCUUUGGUUGCUCGGCGAGAUGUGGAAUGAGAAGUUGGCGCCUGACGUAAUUCAGCUACAACGCUGGGAUCAACGCGUGCGAGAAAGGUGCGCAGUGGCAGCGGGCCCUGUCGCUGCUUAG